AGGUUGCGAGAGACGAACAUGACAGUAGAGAAUGGAGAAGGAGCAACGAAGCUGUACAUGUUGGUUUCGCACUGUUACCCUUGCGGCUUUUGCCGGCCGGCCCUCGACCGGUUUAGGACCGACAUCAUUGACGAACAUAUGAUCAUCGUACAACGCACGGCUGAUGCUCUGAACAGCAGCCGAUUGCAAGUUGCACAGCCUCCUGAGUACUCAAGAGCCACCUUCUAAUUGAACAUGAACUCAGUGGGCUCUUGAAACUCUCACUGUUUCGUCAUGGACGUCGUCCCAAACGCUCCGGUGCUCAUACCAGGAUGGCUGCCACCUUCACGUGAGCACUGGCAACUCAUCGUCUACUGCUGGCAGUUCUUCCCUAUUUUCACGGCUAUACAAUGGUUCACGACAUUUUACCCGCAGGGCAAAACCUCUAUCGAGAGCAAGAUCAACAUUCCCGGCAAAUGGGGCUGGUUCCUCAUGGAGAUCUGGGGCAUGGUGGUCGUCGAUUACUGCAUGCUCAGCAUCCCGCAGACAGUCGGUUUAAACAGCGCUCGGUCGCUACCGUGGGCGAACUGGACCAUGGUGUUUGCCUACAACGUGCAUUAUGUCUAUCGCGCCAUCAUCGCGCCUCUCUUACUUAACCCAACCAUGUCGCCGAUCCACCCAUUUGUGUUCGUCUCUGCAGCGCUGUGGCAAGUCGCUAACGGACUGUCAAUUGGAGGUUGGGUGGCCGGCUACGGCCCGACCACCGUGUUUGACUGGGCCGGCCGUUUAUACACGAUCGAAAUCGGCCUCGUGAUCAUGGGCUGGAGCUUCCUGGGCAACAUGUUCCACGACGAUGAUCUACGAGAGAUACGGCGUAGCGCACUCAAACGGCAAAAAGCGCAGGCGGAGAAGGAAGGCAAGCCCGUCGAAGGCGUUGAGAAGCUUUACAUGCUUCCCAAGAACGGACUGUUCCAUUACAUUCUGUACCCGCACUAUCUUUGUGAGUGGUUCGAAUGGGCUGGUUUCUGGAUGGUAGGAGGUUGGGACUGCGUGCCAGCCAGGACGUUUCUGAUCAACGAGAUUUCCACAAUGCUACCGCGAGCGCUGCAAGGCAGGCAGUGGUACAUCGAGAAAUUCGGCACGGAAAAGGUGGGCAACCGGAAGGCGGUGAUACCGGGUCUGCUGUGA